CUGCUAUUGGUUACUGAUCGUAGUAGGGUUUAUGCAAUUUCCUGCUUGCUCUCGAGAAGCAUUGUUGUUAAAGCUGGUGAGUUCCCUCUGACCUCUGUUCUUUCUUUCUUUCUUGCCUGCUGUUUUCUUUUUACUUUUUCCCCCAAGUUGUGUUGUUCAGAUUUCUAUUGAGUGAGAAUGCGGGAAGUGUACCCUAUAGGGUGGUGCUACGUUUUGCAUGUGUGUCUAAAGAUGCUAAAGCACCGGGACAUCUUGGUGGUGUUUCUGGAUACUUGCAAACUUUGCAAUGCAUUGUGGUUUGUGCUAGCAGGACAUUGUUGAGGCAAAAUAAUUUUCUACAGCAAAAAGGGGGUUGAUGUUGCUUCAUAUUGAUGACUGUUCAUGAUGUGGAAAGGUAAGUUAUUUUUGCUGCGAAAAGGAUCUGAGUUGCAUUGCAGGGGACGAAUUUCAGUGAGUUUACUAACCUGCCCUUGGUGGUGCCAUGGUGACGUUGAAUAUGCUUCUCGACUAUUUAAUUCACUUCCCCACCAGUUUGACAUUGUAGACAACGUUCCUAUCAACUUGGCACAACUAAUGAUCUCACCAGUUCACUGCACAACUGCACAAGGUUUUGCUUCGGUCUGUGUAAAAGAUACAGCACAUAGAAAGAAAGAGACAGAGGCAGGGACUAGUGGUGAGAUCCUUAAUUUUCCAGUGAUGAGAUCUUCUUCUAUGCCAGACCCUCCUCUUACAACUGGAGAGUACGAGGUUUUUCUGAGCUUCAGAGGGCCAGAUGUGCGCCAAACCUUUGCUGAUUGUCUUUACCACUUUCUUAUUCACUCCAAGAUUCGAACUUUUAGAGACGAGGAAGAACUGCGCAAAGGGGAGGAGAUAGCGCCUUCACUUGUCCAAGCUAUCUCUGAGUCCAAAAUCCUUAUCCCAAUCUUUUCGCAAAACUAUGCUUCUAGCAAAUGGUGCCUUCAAGAGCUGGCGAAGAUGGUGGAGUGCUGGAAGAAGCAGGGAAAGGGCGGUGGCCGAACCACCAUCCUCCCCAUUUUCUACUUGGUCGAUCCCAGAGAUGUGCGCCAUCAAGAAGGUGCUUACGAGGAAGCAUUCCGACGCCACAGUCUGAAACAAGACCAACAAACUAUAAAGCAAUGGAAGGAAGCCCUCCUUGAAGUUGGCAAAAUGAAAGGAUGGCACGUGGCAGGAUCAGAUGGACAUGGAGCUAUACUAGAGCAGAUCUUUGUUAAAGUUGAUUCACUUCUGAGAACUAAUUACACAUUGUUGACGGAUGAAUUGGUUGGAAUCGAUGUUCAUGUAAACAAAGUGGUUCAGCUGUUGAAUCUGGAUGCUGCAAGUGAAAUGAUUGUGGGUAUCCAUGGUAUGGGUGGCAUUGGCAAGACCACCAUAGCAAAGACAGUCUUCAAUAAGGUUUGCACUCAUUUCGAUCGCUGUUGUUUUAUCGAAGAUGUUCGAGAAACGUUAUUAAAGGCCGACGGUGUUGUAGUCUUACAAAAUAAGAUCAUUUCUGGUGUUUUGAGGUAUGAUCAUUGCAAUGUAAACAAUGCUAGCGAAGGAAUCCACAUGAUGGUAGAUAGAAUUUGCAAACACAGAGUUCUCAUUGUUCUAGAUGAUGUCGAUGCCAAGUUUGAGUUCGACAAAAUCUUCGGAAAGUUGGGAAAUUUCUCCUCAAAAAGUAGAUUUAUUAUUACAACAAGGGACAAAAGAGCUCUAGAGCUACUUCAAACAGAUAAGUUGCACGAACCAGGAGGUAUGAGUCAUGAUCACUCUCUUCAACUUUUUAGUAAACAUGCUUUUAAGAUGGAUAAUCCUCCAAAUGAAUAUACAGCUUUAGCUGAGAAGUUUUUAAAGGUCGCAGCAGGGUUACCUUUGGCACUGAAGGUUGUAGGAUCAUUGUUGUUUCGGACUGACACAAAUUUCUGGAGAGCAAAGUUGAAGGAGCUAAAAGAAGUACCCACAGUAGAGGUGCAACAGAUUUUGAGGAUUAGUUACAACGAGCUAACUCCCAAUGAAAAACAGAUAUUUCUCGAUAUCGCAUGUGUUUUCAUAGGCGACUACAAAGAAGUGCCUUUUUAUAUGUGGAGUAGUUGUGAUUUUAAUCCAGAAAUCGGGAUGAGAACUCUGGUUAAUAGGUCUUUGGUUAGAAUCGAUGAAGAGGGCCAAUUUGGGAUGCAUGAUCAUCUUAGAGAUCUUGGCAGAGCUAUUGUUAACGAGGAAGAUGUUCAGAAUCCAUGCAAGCGCAGCAGGAUAUGGUCCAAUGAGAAUGCAUUGGACAUGCUAGCAAAUAGAGAGGGAGGUGAUCAGGUGGAAGUCCUCAGAGUUGACAUGAGAAAGAAUGAAGCUCGUCAUGAGUUCACAGAGAAGGAAUUCAAAAAUCUGUCUAGGUUAAGGUAUCUUGAAGUGAGUUAUGGCAGACUCUCUGGGGAUUUCAAAGAAGUUCUUCCCAGUCUAUGUUGCCUCCGACUACAUAGCUGUGAUUCAAUUCCCACUGAUCUUCACUUGAAGAAGUUGGUCAUUCUUGAUUUGAGCUUUUGUCCUAUUAAAGAAGGCUGGAGAGGCUGGCAGGGAAUCCAGAAGGCAAAGAAGCUGAAAGUUGUGAUUCUACUGGAGUGCCACGAGAUAAGGAGAGUUCCGGAUUUGUCCCCUUGUACAAGCCUGGAGUUGAUAAAGCUUCUAAGCUGUUAUAAGAUGAAGGGGGACUUGCACAUUGCUGGUUUCAAGAACCUAAGAGUUCUGAGUCUCAGAUCUACUCAAAUAGCAAAGAUAAUAACAGGUGACAUGGAAAUGCUUGAAAAUCUGCUGGAGUUUAGCGCGGAGGAUGCUGGUUUGACAGAAUGGCCUGCCAGUCUUUCCAGAUUACCCUGUCUGGAAAUCCUGAAAAUGACAUCAUCAUCAUGCACAAAAAAGUUGAGCCUAAAGCAACUAUCCUUGUCCUCCCCGAGGGAAGCACCCCUACUCCCCACAAGUCUAAAGCAACUAUCCUUGUCCUCCCCAAGUGUUCCCAAUCUUAUGCAGCUUGUGGAGUUGGAGGAGCUUAAGUUUGAGUGGUGUGGUGAGGCAGGCCCUGAAAUCCCUGCAGAGAUAUGGCGCCUCUCCAAAUUGAGGACUCUGGAGAUCUCGUCAGCCUCCCCUGUCUUCGUAACGAUGGAGGGCUCCCUCCCAUCAUCCCUGACCAGCCUCCAGAUUCAUUUUUGUGUUGCUUUGGAGAAGCUCCCAGGCCUUGCGAACCUUACUAACUUGACAGAACUAAGACUUGUAAAGGUCGGGGUAUCUGAGAUUUGUGGGCUAGGCGAGCUCAGAGUGUUGACGACUCUGGAGGUACGUAAUGCCCCGAGGCUAAGUAGCCUCGACGGCCUUGAAAAUCUCGUGCUUCUCAUGAAACUGACGGUGAGCAACUGUGGGGUCCUGCCAAAACUUCCCGACCUAGUGAAACUGAUAAAGUUGCAGGCUUUAGAGAUUCAGGAGUGUCAGCUUCUAUUGGAAAUGCAAGGGAUGAUGGCAAUGAAGGAAUCGUUAUCCCAUCUCGACAUAGGUCGGUGUCCCAGCUUAGACUGUAUCGAAGGCUUUGAGUCCCUGGCAUCUUCGCUAGAGACACUGUCAUGGUGGGAGCUGAAGAUGCAACCACCUGAUGCUAUCUCAAAGUUCAGGCACCUGAGGCGUUUAGCCUUUGUCCAAGUUGGUAAUCUGGUCACAACUCCUGAUCUCUCUGGCCUCCUGAACCUCAAACGCUUGGAGAUCCUGACGUGCAGACAGUUGAUCCAGAUUGUGGGGCUCGAUGGGCUGGAAUCGCUAGAGGUGCUCUUCAUAAAAACUUGCAGCUCGAUCAGGGAGUUGCCUAGCCUAUCUAGGCUCAAGAAUUUGCAGCGGUUACAGCUAACACUCUGCACGAAGUUGACCCACAUCACCGGGUUUGAGGGGUUGCAAUCUUUGCAAGAGCUAUUUGUAUAUCAUUGCUGGUCCAUUGCGGAGUUGCCUGAUCUGUCCAGCCUUCAUGAUCUGUGGGGGCUGUACAUUUUUAGGUGCAACAAGUUGACAGAGGUCAAGGGGCUCCGGGGAUUGGAGUCCUUGGGGAACCUAUCCAUUACAGAUUGCCGGUCGAUGAAGGACUUGGAAGAUCUAUCUAAGCUCAGUAAUCUGAGGGAAUUGAGGAUUACAGGAUGCAGAAUGUUGACCGAGGUCAAGGGAGUUGAGCGAUUGGUGUUGCUGCGAGUGCUGAAACUGGACCUCCGGUUUAGAGUCAGAUCGUUACUGAAAUCGGUUGCCAGAUACGUGACUCGACUCAUUACUCGCUUCCUGGGGCUCUUACUAAUUUUAGUUCUCGUGCUUUUCAUUUUCAACAGCCAGUGAAUGUGAGCGGUUGAAGUUAAAACCAAUGUCCGCUUAAGUGAUGAAUACUUAUCAAUUUGACAGAAUUCCAAUGAAUGUGACCAUUUCACUCUCGACUUCAUU